AUGGUGCGCGGAGAACUCCUGGGCCCUCCGAACUCCGACACGCCCCUGGCGCCCCUGGCGUCUCCUGGGGCUUGUGCAGGCUUGCACCGUGUGGAGGAGGUCCCAUUGGUGACGAAGAGAAGGUCGGCUUUGCUGAAGCCAGCUCCUGCCACCCCAACGAAGCGUCGUGGGCGCAAAGCCCUUGGGGAGCCUUUGGCGAACACCUUUGGAGCUGUGUCCGGCGGACGCGGAGCUUGUUCGACACAGGGUGGACAAAUCGAAGCGCCGCACUUUGGGCCUGGCGGCCUUGCUCGACUGUGUCAACUUAUGAUUGGCAGUUUCAGGAGCUGUCAUGCCAUGCCCAGUGGUUUCUGA